CAUUUCUGAAAACUCUGUUAAUUUGAAUCUCAAACUGAUGAAAUGGAGUAAUUUGCCAGAAAUUGAUCUAGAAAAAUUGAAGAAAACCAAAUGCAUAUUAUUGGGAUCGGGCACUCUGGGCUGUUCUGUGGCUAGGACACUUUUGGGAUGGGGUGUGAGGCACAUCACAUUUGUUGAUAAUUCGACUGUGUCUUUUUCAAAUCCAGUUCGACAAAGUUUAUUUACUCAUCAGGAUUCUGUUGAGAUGAAGCCAAAGUCACAGGCGGCAGCUGAAAACUUGAGCAAGAUUUUUCCUGGAGUGAAUUCUAAAGGAUUCCAAAUUACCAUUCCAAUGCCAGGUCACACUGUUGGUGACAGUAUGGUUGAAAGUACUAUAGGAAGUGUUCAAAAACUCAGCGAACUGAUAGCAGAUCAUGAUGUUAUUUUUCUAUUAACAGAUUCAAGAGAAAGCAGGUGGCUGCCAACUUUGUUAGGAAGUGCCCAACAAAAGAUAGUAAUAAAUGCUGCUUUGGGAUUUGAUGCCUAUCUAGUCAUGAGACACGGAAUUCACAUUGAAAAUGGAUAUCAACAGGAUAUACCACAUCCAAACGGUUUCCUGGCAAUCAACGGAGCAGAUUUAGGAUGUUACUUCUGUAAUGAUGUAACUGUUCCAGGAAAUUCAAUGAAGAACAGAACAUUAGACCAACAGUGUACUGUGACAAGGCCAGGUGUUUCACAAAUAGCGGGUGCUCUUGCAGUAGAAUUAGCAGUUUCCAUUUUACAACACAAAGAAGGAUUAUAUGCUCCCGCUUUUUACAGUACGUCUCCUAAAAGUAAGAUUGAAGAUCUUGAAGGCGCAAAUUCCUCAAUUCUUGGUCUUGUUCCUCAUACCAUAAGAGGCUUUCUGUCACCUGUUAAUCAAAUCAUUCCUGCCACUCCAAAGUAUAAGAAUUGUGUGGCAUGUUCUGAAAUGAUUAUAAAAGAAUAUAAGACAAAAGGCAUAGAUUUUCUUCUGAAGGUUUUUGAUAGUUCGAAACACCUAGAAGAAAUUUCACUUAUGCCAGAUAUGUUCUUGGAAAAUAAAUUUGGUGAUGUUUUGGAAUUUAGCGAAGAUGAAGAUUUUGAUGAUUAAACCCAGCAGCAGAAAAUGUACAUGUUACCAAGUUAUACAUUAUUAAAAGAAUUAGUUAUUAAUUUUUUCAUAAUUAGAAACUGCAAUUAUUUAAAGUUCAGAUGUUGCAUAAAAAUAUUAAUUGUUUAUUAAUUGCUAUAUUAAAUAUCUGAAGUAUU